CUGUCACGAAUCAACAACAAAGAAACUGCUUGAGUGAAUGCGAAGUAAGGAAAACUGCGUAAAAACUGUGCAAAAAGUGUUUGUGAGGUGAAAAUCAUCUCUUUUCGCGUUAGAUUAGAAGAAUGCUCGACCUUGAGGUGGUUCCUGAGAGAUCCCUGAGUGAUCUGAGUGAGAAACAAUGGGAAUUUAUUUUGGGAAUGCACUUCUCUCAGGCCGUGGGCAUCAUCCAGUCCCAAGUUGGCGUGAUAAAGGGCGUCCAAGUGCUCUAUUCAGACACGAAUCCUCUCGGGGUGGACAUUGUGAUAAACUUGCCGCAAGACGGAAUAAGGCUGAUUUUCGAUCCUGUCGUGCAGCGUCUCAAAAUAAUCGAAGUGUUCAACAUGAAGCUGGUCAAGUUGAAGUACUGUGGUUUGCCGUUCAACUCGCCCGAAGUGGCGCCGUCGAUUGAGCAGAUCGAGCACUCGUUCGGGGCGACGCAUCCGGGUGUGUACGAUGCCGCCAAGCAGCUGUUCGCGCUGCACUUCCGCGGCCUGAGCUUCUACUUUCCGGUGGACAGCAAGCUGCAGCCCGGAUAUGCGCACGGACUGGGCUCGCUGCACUUUCCCAACGGCGCCUCGCCCGUUGUCUCCAAGAUGGCCAUCUACUGCGGCGGCAGCGUGCUGGAGGCGCGCGCGCCCGCCAUGCCGCUGUCCUGCUACAGCCAGCAACUCUAUCUGGAGUCCGCGGCGGUGCUGAGGAACGCCGCGGGCACGAAGGGGCUGCGCCUGCAGCUGUACACGGAGGGCAAUGGGCGUGCACUGGAGCCCAGGAAGCAGUGUGUGACGCGCGAGAUCCUCUUCGGCGACAGCUGCCAGGACGUGGCGAGCAAUCUGGGUGCGCCGAACAGGGUGUUCUUCAAGAGUGAGGACAAGAUGAGGAUUCACGCGCCCAGCGCCAAUCGCCAAUCGCAGGCCAAGCGCAGUGACUUCUUCUUCAACUACUUCACGCUGGGCAUCGACGUGCUGUUCGACGCGCGCACGCAGCGCUGCAAGAAGAUCAUCAUGCACACCAACUUCCCGGGACAUUACAACUUCAACAUGUACCACCGAUGCGAGUUCCAGCUGCAGCUGCCGGCGGACAAGUCACCCGACGAGGAGACUUCCAGCGCGGUGAGCAUUUCGGCGUACACCAAGUGGGACUCCAUCAGCACGCGUCUGGAGCCGUCGGAGCGGCCGGUGGUGCUGCACCGUGCCGGCUCCACCAACACGGCGAAUCCCUUCGGCUCGACGUUCUGCUACGGCUACCAGGACAUCAUCUUCGAGGUGAUGCCGAACAGCUACAUCGCCUCGGUGACGCUGUACGCGGCGACUGCCUUUCCCAAGAUCUGGCCGCCGCCGCUCUCCUGCCAGCAGGCCGUCAAUCCCGGCCGGACGCGCAAGCACGACGUGAAGGUGGCGGCUUGACGGCACACGUGCGACCGGCGGCCGGCCAGCAUCAUUGCCGAGGAGCAGUGAUGCGCCGUUGUCUUCACACCCAGGCUAAGCAGCAAAUGUUCAUCCCCGAAUCACUCUCAAAAGUCCCCCCAAUUGCUCGAUCUCUUUUGUGUUAUUGCCCCGUGAAAAAGAAAGAAAAACCAUAAAUAAAUGGUAGAAAUAUAUGUAGGACGAAUUGGAACUCUGAGGCGCGCAAUUAGCAACUAAUCAAACUCGUGGCCGAUUGAAAUAAAUGCUCCGUGUUGAUUGUGGUUAACAUAGGAAUGCAAUAGUUGAAUUAUUUUAUUGAAAUAGAAUGUAAAAAAAAAUGCCCAAAAUAGUGCGUAUUGAGAAGAGGAGAAGAAGAUGAAGAAAAAAAACUGUUAUCCAUUUUCUGAGAGGCAUCAUUUCUAACACAUUCUGCAUAUUAUUGAAUACUGUUCACUAGACAUUUUUCAUGUAAUUCGUAAGGAGUGUGCAAAGCUCUGUAAUGAUGCAUUGUAACUUUAUGCGCGUAUCUGAAAUAAAUGUGAUUUUAAAAUGUAAA